GUAAAGAGAAAAGCUUUGAGUCUUCCAUUGACAUGGGCGCUUAGCUUAUUAUACUUGAGAUAUUUAUUUCCCUCCGAGACACGGAUUUAGAUUCGUAAUCGUGAGUUUUGGUGUAAUGGAGAUCGCUACUGUCGUUAAGGCUAAUGGCGGUUGUGAAGCGGAUCGACGACGGCUUCGCCGAUUGAGAUGCUCUGUUAAGGAUUACGAUUGGGGCAAAAUUGGAUCGGAUUCACUCGUUUACAGGGUUUAUGCGGCUAACUCUGAUGACCAGAUCGAUCCUACACGACCUUACGCCGAGCUUUGGAUGGGGACUCACGAGUCCGGUCCGAGUUACUUGGAGGAUGCUGAUGGAAGCAAUGGCGUGACCCUUAGAUCGUGGAUCACCGAAAACCCUAAAUCUCUUGGAGAUAGGGUUUUGGAGAAAUGGGGUUGCGAUCUCCCAUUUCUGUUCAAGGUGUUGUCGGUGGCAAGGCCCUUGUCGAUUCAAGCACAUCCAGAUAAGAAAUUAGCAAAGAAAAUGCACAAAGCUCAUCCUAAUCUUUAUAAAGAUGACAAUCACAAACCAGAAAUGGCUUUGGCCUAUACUCAAUUCGAGGCUCUAUGUGGCUUUAUACCUCUUCAGGAGCUUAAGAGUGUCAUUCAAGCUAUUCCGGAGAUUGAGGAACUUGUUGGGAGUGAAGAAGCAAACCAAGUUUUCUGCAUCAGUGAACCUGAUGAGGAAAAAGUGAAAUCUGUUGUCCGAACAAUCUUCACCCUGCUAAUGUCUGCAGAUCCCGAUACAACAAAGAAAAUAGUAUCCAAACUAAAACGCCGUCUGCAUAUGGAGAGUCAGGAACGCCAACUGACAGACAAGGAAUGGCUAGUUUUGAAGCUAGAGAAGCAAUAUCCAAAUGAUAUUGGAGUCAUAUCUGCAUUCUUCUUCAACUAUGUGAAGCUCAAUCCUGGCGAAGCCUUGUACCUCGGUGCUAACGAGCCCCACGCAUACUUAUUCGGUGAAUGCCUUGAGGUCAUGGCGACUUCAGACAAUGUAGUACGAGCUGGCCUCACUUCCAAGCCUCUGGAUAUUCAAACCCUUUGUUCCAUGCUCUCAUAUAAACUGGGAUAUCCGGAAAUCCUAAAGGGAUCAAGGAUUCGACCAUACAUCACAAGAUACCUCCCGCCUUUCGAAGAGUUUGAAGUUGAUCUGUGUGAUCUUCCCAGUGGUGCCUCGACAGUGUUUCCCUCUGUUCCAGGCCCUUCUCUUCUGCUUGUACUCCAAGGUGAAGGAAGAAUGUCUACAGAAGCAUCAGCAGAUGGGAUUUCAAUGGGAGAUGUUUUAUUUGUGCCUGCAGAUACCGAGAUUCACUUGAGGUCAUCAUCUGACUUGAAGUUGUACAGAGCAGGAAUCAACAGUAGGUUUUUGUAUCCUCUAUAGUCAAACUACACAGUACACACAUGUUUGUUUUUCUUUCAGUUCUUGUAUGAUUUUUUAAUCUAAGUGUCAAAUCACUUUUGUGCUCUGAAAUAACAAAUUCAAUGUGAA